CUUCAUGUAAGAACGCGAUGGUUGUGCCUACAUUUGAGUGUAGCCUGUAACCAUGAAGGCUAGCAAGCUGCCUUCAGACGCGACUGAGGAGGAAGCGGUGCAAGCGGUGUUAGCGGAAGUAAAGUUAAUUGGAAGCUUAUCACAAGAACAGAUUGAUAGCUGUGAUCCUUCGACGGUUAAACGCUAUCUGCGAGCGCGAAAUGGCAACAAGCAUAAGGCAGCUAAGCUGCUUCACUCGACGCUAAAGUGGCGCGAAGACUUUGGCGUUGGCUCGCUCACUAUAGCCGAGUUUAGCGGUCACCAGCUGAGCAGCGGUCGCAUGUACAUUGCCGGCAACGACCCCUCGGGCAAGAGCAUCUUGGUGACCCGCAAGCGCUCCGAUGCCUUCCAGUCGGGCGAGUACUCGGCCUACCUGCGCUUCCUCGUGCUGACGCUGGAGACCGGGGUGCGCGCCAUGAAGGGCGGCCAGGACAAGUGGGUGUGGCUCAUGGACAUGAAGGGCUACAGCCGGGCUAACUCGCCGCCACUCAGUGUGUCCAUGGCGACGCUUCGCAUCCUGGCUGACCACUACCCGGAGCGCCUGCACCGCUGCUUCUUCAUCGACGCACCCGGCGUCUUCAGCUUCCUCUUCAACGCGCUGUGGCCCUUCAUCGACCCGGUCACACGCCAGAAGAUCGUCUUCAUUCAGACCAAGGACUAUGCGAAGCAGAUUGCGCAGGUGCAGGAAGCGGGCGACAACGAGCCUCAACGUGAGGAGGCGCUGCGAGGGGUGGCGGACGAGGCCAACCCAGACGCCUUUUGCAACUACCUGCGCUGGUACUGCACUCCGUACGACGAACCGGCGUAUCGCUCCCUCCUUGAGAGCGUCGGUUGGAAGUAAAAUAGCUGCGAGGUUGUAGGGGCCGGUGGGGGGCUGAGUGGGGCCCAGCGGGCCGCAUGCGGCAUAUCGGAUGAUGAGCACUGUCCCUGUGUGACACCGGUGUAGUAAUUGAUUGCAGGAGAUCAAAACAUGAAAGUAUGUUACCUCCUUCUGGAACCCUGCUUGGGAGCUUCGACGUUUGAAGCUCUCGGCGUUUGUUGAUAUAUGUGUACAUAGUGUGCAUGGCGGCAGGGUAGGGCCCGCUAUCACGUAACAGGGUGUCGUUGUGUGUCCUGUCGUAAUCCUGGGUACACCUGUUUGCUCGUUUGAUCCGGGUCAUUGGCGUAUCUGUAUGAUUUGGUAUCUGUAUGAUAUGACCGUGACAUUGAUCCCCAAGUUGAUAACUUGCUUAAAUGGAUACGGUGUUUCUUGUGUGGAGCGACCCCUGGGACGUAACCUGGAGGGGCAACUUGUUGAAAAGAGGGGCUUCCUCAGAGGUGCUGCCUGUCCCAACGUCGUUUAUAGCUGUUAUCUAAUUGACAUCCAGUUGGUAAUGGGCUCCGUGUCAGUCGCGGCUUUCCUGACUUACGGCGUACUCUGGGCCGCAAUUGGCCAGCAGUAUAUGGUAUGUGGACCGUGCAUUCCGCUUGGAACGGUGAGCUGUGAAGUCACAGGAUUCCCUAUAAAGCUGUUGUUAGGGACUGUUCGCGAACGUUAGGAUGCGGACCCAUAUAACCCAGCUUGCGUCGUCCUUCCGCUAUCGGUAUGGGCCGUGCGAACGUGAUCUGCCUGUCGGGUUCGCCGACAACUUGCAGAAAACAGGUAGCCAGUGGAGCCAUAUGGACAUGACACUCUCCAAUAAUGUUGGCCCUCUCUUUUUCGAGGUAUCCACCAGGUAUUGAAGCACCAGUUCGCUAAACACCCAAGCACCAGC